GGGGAUCUGAGCUGUGUGCUGGAGCUGGAGCCGAGGACUCCAGGGUGGGGGGAGUUGAUCUGUGAUCGCGAGGGGAAGGACGGAGAGAGCUGCAAGAUGGCAACAAACCUGGUUUUGACCCCGGACUUCGGCCAUGAUAAAAUCAGCAGCUUGCAGUUGGUGUCCUGGUUCAACCGCCUGCUCAAAACGAACUUCAAGGAUGUGCGAGAGAUGGGUUCAGGAGCGUGUCACUGUCAGAUGAUGGACUGGGUUAUUCGUGGCUCUGUUGAUAUGGCCAAGGUGAAGUUUGAUGCAAAGGGUGAGGAUGAAUAUAAGCACAACUUCACUCUGCUCCAGGAGGCCUUCAGCAAGAGGGGUAUCACCAAGACCAUUCCAGUCACGAGUCUCGGGAACGGGGAUCUUAAAAGCAACAUUAAGAUCUUGAAGUGGUUCAAAGCUUUUUACACAGCAAAUGUAAAGGACUGUAAAGAAUAUGACCCCGUGCAAGCCCGGGACGGCCAGGAUAUCAGCCCAGUAGAUGCAUCUCCAUCCUCACCAGGUGUUGAAUUAGAAUCAGACAAAGAAGAGAAAGGCACUGGGAUACAUAAAAAACACCCAUACACAGAAAAGUGGAAGAAUAUGUUUGACUGGGCUGAAGAGAGCCCUCUUGGAAGGCAAUAUACCUACUGCAACACUUGUGCUAAAAGCCUCAAAACCUUUUCUAAAGGCCAUGUGGAACUUCAGCGUCACAUGGAGACUAACUUUCACUACAAACGGGCAAGAGUUUCCAAGGGUCCCUGCCUGCCACACUCUGAGCCGCUGCUCUGCACUGAUGCAGCGGUCCGCUUUAUUCAGAGACACUGUUAUAACGGCUCUGCCAAAGGGGAACAGGUGUCUGUGCGCGUUGCACGCCGCAAGCUGGGGCUUCAGUACCCCAAAGAUAUUACAUCUGUUUGCCAGCACACUCCCUACUGUGUAUACAUUUCGGGAGGGGAAACCGUUGGAAAGGAUGACACUGUCUUGGUGGUCCUCAUUGGAUUCUUUGACGUAGAAGCCUCCAGGCACUGCAUCCGGUUUCUGGAUGCUCUUGAGUCAGAGAACAGUGCAAAGGAUCAAACAGCCGUAUUAGUGGGGGAAACCUUAAAGAAAUUUGGGUUACCAGCAGAUAACCUUGUCGCUGUCUACCUCGAUGGUUAUGGUGCGGCCUCAGAGCAGAUCUGCUCACAGCUGAAGGAACUCAACCCGAACAUAGCUGUCUUUGGAGGGCUGUACAGCAUCAGUGAUGCUGCUUGCCAGGCUGGAGUUAAGCAGCUCUCCAAUCAGGCUCAGGAACUGACGGUGGACAUGUAUGCCCACUACUCCUCCUCUUCUAAGAAGAAUGAUAACCUCAAGGCUCUCUUUGGCUCUAUCACCUUGGACUGUCCAUCAUCAUAUUUCAACGCCCCCUGCCUUAACUUUUGCCUUUUAGUCGCAAAAAUUUUGGAAAUAUGGACAGAUCUUGAAUCGUACUUUGGCUCUUGUGACACGAAUGAUGACAAAGCCAAGUUAAUCUGCUCCCAGCUGCAAGAUCCCAAAGUGAGAGCAACGUUUACAUUCAUGAAGCGGGCCUUAAAGCCGCUGCACGAUUUCCAAAUGCAUCUGCAGACACCGGAAGGAGUUGCUCAAGCUGAUAUGCAGCUCAUUCUAGAAGAAGCCAGUAACCUGCUGAGCACCUACACCUCCUAUUUCCUUCGUCCUCAAGCUGCUGCUCGCUUCCUCGAGGAACAUGAUGCCCAAAUCCUCAAGAACAAGACAUUCCACCUGUCAAGCCCCGAACUGGUUGGGAAAGCCGUUGAAGAUAUCCUAAAUGAGUCUGUAGAGGCACUGCCACCAUUUACAGAGGAGGUGUUGUCUUUCUACAUCGCACUGACAAGUUGCAUUGCAGAGAAACUCCCCCUAAAUGAUGGGUUGCUAAAGAGCAUAGCUCAGCUUUUGAAUCCCCGGAGCAGGCAGAACGUGACAGGGACAGCAGUUGGGGAGCUUGGGACCAAGCUGGGACUCUGCAGCUCCCCUGAGGAGGUCAACCAGCUCACGAGUGAAUUCCUUCAGUAUCAGCUGGCCGAGGAGGGAGAGGAGAACCACUCAGCGAAGGUUUCACUGGAGAAGCACUGGGCCAGCGUACUGAGGGACAGCAAGCAGACAGUGUUCAGGAGGCUUGUUCUGACCCUAUUGGCCCUUCCCUGUCCAUCACUGGAUGCUCAGCACGUUUUUACUCAGGCCUUCGGGAAUGGAGACGCUGCUCAGAUCUCCGACGGCGAAGCAGAAAGCGAGUCUGAGGCCAUGUCCGACAGCACCAUAAAAAAAUACAGUAAAGAAGUGAAUGGCCGUAGUAUCGGAGUGAAGCAGUGUGAAGUCAGGCUUACAAAGAUAAAUAAGCUACAGAAAAAAUGUGAUGAUACACCUGGCGAGAAUGGUAUCUUUAAAGAGGGGGCCAGUAGGGGAAGUUUUGGCUGGGAGAGCAGCUUGCGCCAGAAGCCACAGGCCCGUGCAGUGUUUCAGGCUGGUGCUAGCACCUGGGCCAAACCCGUAGGUCUUGAUAAGGACAGCAAAAAUGGACUGGAGUCCCAAGAUGAGGUGCCACAAGAGACUUCACCAUCCAGUAAAUUCACACCAAGAAGCCGCAGGAAGCACGUCUACCAGGAUGGGAAAGGGUUUCUGGCAGGAGAGCUGGUGUGGGGGAAAGUGAAGGGGUUCUCCUGGUGGCCGGGGCUGGUGACAUCCUGGAAAACCAAGUCCAGUCCCCCGGGCAUGCGGCGGGUGGAGUGGUUUGGAGAUGGGAUGUUCUCAGAGAUCUACACCGAGGGUCUACUGGGAUUACAUUUUUUCACUAAGUGCUUCAGUAAAGACUCCUUCACCUGCUUGCCCCUCUACAAAGAAGCCAUCUACCAAAUUAUGGAGUUGGCAGGUGAGCGAUCAGGGAAAUCCUUUGCUGUGGCUGAAGGUGAUAAAGAAAAAGAGCUGAAGUUGAUGCUGGACUGGGCUUCUGAAGGAUUUCUGCCUUCAGGACCAAGCGGAUUCCUACCUCCUGAUUCUGCUUCAAAUGCUGAGACUUCUGACUCGGCCCAGUCCGACUACCAGCCCCCAGCAAAAAGGAAAUAUGUGUUUAAAAACAAGGCAACUACAGUCGCCAUCACCUAUAGCAGAGAAUCAAUACCAGCAAAGCUCAAGGAAGAAGGAAUAACCAUUGAAGAUCUGUGUUUGUCUUGUGGAUCAACUGACAUAGAAGUAUCUCACCCACUGUUUGAAGGUGCUCUUUGUCAAAAAUGCAAGGAGAACUUCUCAGAGACGCUGUAUCGCUACGAUGAGGAUGGCUACCAGUCGUACUGCACCGUGUGCUGUGCUGGGAUUGAGGUCAUUCUGUGUGGGAUCUCCAGCUGCUGCAGGUGUUUCUGUAAGGACUGUAUGGAAAUCCUGGUGGGCCCGGGAACCUUUGACCAAUUAAAAGAUGUGGAUCCCUGGAGCUGCUUCAUGUGCAAGCCGUCGCAGUGCGCGGGGAACCUCCAACUCAGGCCAGACUGGAGCGUUAAGGUUCAAGACUUCUUCGCCAACAACAGCGCCAUGGAGUUUGAGCCUCACAGAGUGUAUCCCUCCAUCACUGCCGACCAGCGCAGACCAAUCAAAGUGCUCUCACUGUUUGACGGCAUUGCAACAGGAUACCUGGUGCUCAAGGACCUGGGCGUCAAGAUGGAUCGCUACGUCGCUGCAGAGAUUUGUGAGGAUUCCAUCACUGUGGGGAUGAUCAAGCAUAAGGGAAAGAUCGAAUAUGUCAAUGACGUUCGCACCAUCACAAGGAAACAUCUGGCGGAAUGGGGGCCAUUCGAUCUUCUGAUAGGAGGCAGUCCAUGUAACGACCUCUCAAUGGUCAACCCUCUCAGAAAAGGAUUGUUUGAGGGCACUGGGCGGCUCUUCUUUGAGUUUUACCGCAUUCUGGCCAUGUUGAAGCCGAAGGAAGGCGACGACCGUCCGUUCUUCUGGUUGUUUGAGAACGUGGUUUUCAUGAGUGCCCGCGACAAAGCAGACAUUUGCAGAUUCCUCGAGUGUAAUCCUAUUCUAGUCGAUGCAGUGAAAGUCAGUCCCGCUCACAGAGCACGCUACUUCUGGGGGAACCUCCCCGGCAUGAACAGGCCUCUUUCAACAUCGCUUGACGACAAAGUGUCUCUCCAGGAUUGUUUGGAACUCGGACGCACGGCAAAGUUUGACAAAGUCCGCACCAUCACAACAAAGUCUAACUCCAUAAGGCAGGGGAAGCAUGGAUCGCUGCCUGUCAGCAUGAAUGGAAGAGAGGACUACCUUUGGUGCACUGAAAUGGAACAGAUCUUUGGAUUCCCCAAACAUUACACGGAUGUGAACAACAUGGGCCGGGUGCAGAGGCAGAGAGUCCUGGGUCGCUCCUGGAGCGUCCCCGUCAUCCGCCACCUGUUCGCUCCACUGAAGGAUUACUUUGAAUGUAUAGAACAACCUCAGAAGUGAAUCUUCCUGUCAGAGCAGCAGCGGUAAACCUUACUGCCUUAUCCCGCCCCUCGUUUCUGGGUUCACACUUUUAAAACUCUCCAAUCUUAUUCUGAAAGACCUAAUCUAGUGUUUACUAUUUAGAAUUUUAGAUAUGUUUCCCUCAUACAACUCUUUUAAUCCUGGGACUCUUCCACCAGCAGCCUCUGACACUUCCCGGUUUCAGGUUCACUUCGAUAAAUGAUGGUGCUCUGAUCAAACUGUACUGAUGCUGAACACGGAUCUGUAUCAUGAAGAGACAUUAGACAGUAAGCUGGUUCUCUUUGUGCCUACCGCUGGUCGACCAUUACUAGAGGCUGACUCACUUCAAUCAGGAUAAUUUAGAGUUUAAUAUAAAGUUUAGGAGCAAUAAUGCGAUUCAUCAUUUCUACACAACUGGACCUCAACACUGACAAAGGUUAUCAUGACGUCACUCGUGAUUAAGUUGAAGUCGAGACACUUUUAGUGAUAAGUUACAUUAUUACUGAGAGAAACAACCAAGUGUCCACUCUGAGGACUUUUAACAAACUGGUAGUUAAUUUUUUUUAGAAAAAAGCUCAGAAAAGCCACUGUUCUCUACCCAUCCAUCACUAAAUGACAGACAUGGUAAGACAUGACAAAAAAGAGCCAGAUGUUUCCCUCGGGAGUUUGGAGAAAGCGAAUUAGACCUAAAACAGAGAGAACAUUGGACUUCAACUUAUCAGGUCAGCAAAAUGCCAAAACAUCACAAAUUCAAACUGCAGAACAGGUUGAUAAAAACUCAUUAACACUGACUUAAAAUAUGGGCUUACCUUUCAUUUGUGGGUAUGACUUCUGAAGUAAUAACCAGCAUCAUGAUACUGUUUACUCAGGAUCCAUUUAGGAAACCCGGUAGCCUGCCCGCUGAUCUCGCUUCAUGAUACAGGUCUCAGGUCUCUACCUCAACACGGACUUACUGCAGUUACACUUUUUAUUUUUAAUUAUUUAUAUACAACAAUGGUAACUUGGUUUUCUGUCUGUGUGUAUUUUUAUUUUGUUUUAACGUUUAAUUUUACCAGAGAUUUUAGGUCUAAUCCGGACAAGUUUUUAUACAUUUUUCAUAAUCACUACAACCUUUGAUCAUUUCUUCAAUUACUCAUUUUCUCUUAAAUGCCAAAAAACUGUGAUAAUUGUCUUCAAAUCUUCAGUUUUAAGUCCUGUCAUCAAAUUACCUGUUAAAUCUAGCAAAUAACAUACACUCAUCCAAAAGAAGACGUUACAGUAUAAUUCAUAUUUAAAAAAUAAAUUCAACAAUAAGAGUUAGGUGCAGCCCUGGUAUAACUUGAAAGAAGAAGUUAUGGUUUGUUAGCUGUACUGUCAGCAGUAAUGUUUACUGUCAUUCUGAUCUCAGUCAGACAUUAAUAUGCACCAUUGUAAUAUCUUUAUUUUUGUUUACUGUGACUUUGCCUAGUUUUUAAUUCUCAUACAACAUUGUCAUGUGACCUUGAAGUAGGAUUUUACUUACACCCGUGUUCCCUUCGUUCAGAUGAGGGAUUUUUUUAACUUUUCUGAAAGUUACGAUUGUGUUGCUGCGUCACGUGUGAAUCACUGUUGGUUUUCCUGUGGUUGACCAUUUAUUACUUUUCACCAUGUGUAACGUACUCAUCUGUGAAUGCUGGACAGACCUGCAGUGAGAACAGACUGUUUCAGACGAGGUCGACACUUUUACCUCAUCGAUCUCUGGUUCAUCCGGUUUCCUGACGGUGCUACGCUAACGGUGCUACGCUAACGGUGCUAGCCCUUCAUGUACAGUUGGUCUUUUGACCUGUGCCCUGAUUGGCUCCUUAUAAAAGUGAAUGUUCCUGUUAGGUUUUUGUUUUGCUGUGUGCUGGUUCUUCAGUUGUGUGUUAGUGACUUAUAUAUAUUAGCGUUAUAUAUUUCGGUUUCCGCGCUGACAAGAACCAGUCAGGACGUACUGAAUAAAUGUAUGUGGGAUUUUUACUCGGAGCAUCACUGAACAAGUGGGGCUUGGUUUUUAUGGCCAGACAUGUUGUUUUUGUUUGUUUGCUUUUUUUUUCUUCUAUUUUAAUUCGAUUCUGACAAAUUUUGUCCAAAAAAUACAAUUUCACGGACCAAAACACAUAUAUUUGUAUAUUUGAUUAGAUUAUUUUUGACUAAUAGAUAGAUUUGGCCUUUUCUAAAAAUCUGUUUAAGAAUAUAGUUCAACUCAAACUUCUAAUUCUAAUUAUGGAAAUCAUGCUGAAAAGCCACUGGAGCUCAGUGUCGUAACACCAGCUGAUUGAACUGGAUCUAUGCUGUUUGUAUAAAUCCAGUGAUUAUGAACAUGUCCAGAUGUUUAAUGUGGAAAUUACACAUUUCUCCACCAGAGCUCCAAAGUGUUAAAAACUGCUGCAGUAAAACAUUUGGGACGCGCAGAGUUUUAUUUUAUCGAGCUCAUCAGCUUCCUGGGAGUCUGUGUCCCGUCACGGCUGUUAAACAUGGAUGAAACUGUGUUUUACUUCAUUGGUUUUAAUCCUCACGAUAUCAUCAGUACUGUUUUCAUACAAGUUCUUGGUUCAUAAAUAAAAAAGAUAAAACUAAAACAUCAAACAGCU